GUUAAAAACGUUAAAUGAUGCGAAUUCAUUGUCUAUAAACACGUUAUACAGAGGCGUGCGUUUGGUGCAGUUUCCGAAAAAUUGCGAGCUAAUUUUGAAGGAAAAUGCUGCGUUUUACAAGCAAAAUAUUGACGAUCGCUCGGUCGUGAUAUGGUUCAAAAGAAAACCUUUGCCAAUUUGUAUCGCAGCUACCGUGAAAUGCAAACUUCGCAAUUCGUGUAUCGGUAUUCAUACACGGCCGGAAGACGAAGCUCAUUCAACCCAAAGGAAACUGUUGAUGUUUCAAACUGACUCCAAUGAGAAGGAUACAUUACUGGAUCAAAAAGACAGCGUUGUGCUCAGUUUUCUCGCUUUCUGUGUAGUGGUUGUUUGCAUUGCUUUAUGUGGAAAAACCGAAAAGAAGUAUGUCCUAACGGUUGAGAAUUUUGGCUCCCAGGAAAGCGUUGCCCGAGACAGCAAUUCUGCAAAUGUUGAAAUCAUAUCCUCAGAAAAAGUCGAGACUAUUCGCAGGGAAAAUCCCGACCAUCAAGAAACAAAAGUGGAAUCGGUGGAAAUCAAAGUGGAAAGCCCAGUGCCAGCAACAGACAGCAACUCGAACCAUUCCUCGCCACCUGUCGGAGAGGUCAACUCAUCCGGCUCUGGCGAAACCGGCGUUGAUGGUGCCGUGUUGGGGAAAAUAAAGUCUGGCGAUGUCAAAGUCGAGACGGGAGAUAAAGGGAUAAACGUUGAUAACGAUGAGCUGAGAGGGAAGGAUGGGGAUAAUCUGGAGCAGAAGGGAAACGACGUUGGGGAUGCAAGCGUGCAGGAAGCGAAGAAAGAUAAACGAAGCGAUAGCAAGAAAAAAGAAAGAACGAAAAGAAAAGAAAAGGAUCGUCAGAAAGAUAUGAGAUCGAAGCGAUCACAUACAGCUCCUACGGAAAGGGUUGAAGAGAAACCCUCCAAACACAAAACAAGGUUUUCACUCAAAAAAACCACCGACGACUCGAACGCUUACGAUGAGCCAAAGAUGUCCAAAAAGGACAAAAAGAGAUCAAAAAAGAAAUCAGACAACGAUCAACCACUUCCCAGUCCCCCGCUUCCCAACACCGCCCUUCCCAGUCCUCCGGUGCAAAACACGGCCCUUCCCAGUCCCCCACUUCCACACACCACGGCGCUGACUCGUGGCGACCGCCGCAGUUUCACGAACAGAGAGUUGCCCAAAAGACCCUCGGAUUUGGACGAAGACGAUUACGAAAUUGUCCAAGUUAAGAAGGGACCGAAAAAAGACGAGACGAAAUCGUCUGAGAACGAUACUAAUUUAUACGACUCAGUCGAUGACCGUGAGGUGUUCAAUGCCCAGGCAAAGGGGGACCCAACCGCCAACGAUAAUCAGUCGGACGCAUAUGAGAGUGUAGAUCCGAAGUUAAAAUCGAUCAAAUCCCCCGCAUUAUCCGUACCAAACCAGGAGGAUUACGAAGACCUUUACGAUGAACCAGUUAUGGACAGACAGCGAAGUUUCUCAGAAGGUCUUCCUGGAUCCUCGUCGCCCCGAAGUGAUGCAGAGCGAAAAACGAUGUCCCUGGGUCGGCAAACGAGGCAGGACGCCGCCCCUACCCCUCCCCCCGUUGAAACCAUAGGACAGGCAAAAGUGUCAAACGUCGUUGUGAUGGAUGACAUAGAGCCUUAUACGAUCACGGUAAAGAAAGGGGAUCAUAUUAUACAGGAGACUAACAUAUCGAAGUUUGCUAAACCAAGCGGCACGCAUCAUGUUCAACCAGCGUUGAGCGAUGACGAGAAGGAACGGUUGUAUACGAAAGUCGACAAGGAGAAACAGAAACGAGACAGAGCCGAGGCGGGAGACGACGGUUUAGCCAAUGGUGGAAUUCAGGUGGAGGGCAGCGCGAACGAAAAUCCGUACACGAAAGUCGACAGAGAAAAGCAAACGAGAGACAGGAUUGAGUCCGCGAAAGGUGCAACCAAUGGCGAAGUUGAGGGAGAAGCAAAGACGAAUAGUGAUGCAAAAAUGGAUGAAACUGCUGGGGUUGUUCAGAAUGAAACUGUUGGAAACGGCGAAGCAAAAGAAACUGUGUCCUCGUUGGCUGUAGAUUCCGUGGAGGAACACCAAUAUGAAAGUAUGCCUCGUCAAAAGAAAUCAGGUCAAGUUUCUGAUAAGAAUGACUGGACGUUUGAAGAAACGGAAGACUUUCAACCUUACGAUGAAGUCGAUGAUAAAUCAAACACUAAACAAAGACCUGGCGUUUAUGUAUAGAGCACAAACAACAACAAUAAUGAAAUCAUCUUGUAUAUCAUAGCCAUUUUCAACAGAAUAUCUCACUAUGUCUAUAGUAAAGAUUUUCAUGAAUCAUAAAGUGUUUG